AUGGCGUGGCUGUAUGUAUGUACAAGUCCAGCCCGCAAAGGCAAUAGGCGAGACCUAGCAACUGCACCCAACUACCUGGAUCAUUGCUCAAGUCGCGGCAAGGACUCAUGGCUUAUCCUUAUCAAGACAACAGAGGCAUCCUUGCUAACCCUGAUUGUAGGACAGAGAAUAGAGGCUAUCUUGCUUACCCUGACUGUGAGCAAAGAGAAUGGAGCCAUCCUUGCUUACCCUGACCGUGGGACAGAGAAUGGAGCCAUCCUUGCUUACCCUGAUUGUAGGACAGAGAACAGAGGCACAUUUGCUUACCCUGACUGUGGGACAGAGAAUAGAGGCUAUCUUGCUUACCCUGACUGUGGGCCAGAGAAUAGAGGCACAUUUGCUUACCCUGACUGUGGGACAGAGAAUGGAGCCAUCCUUACUUACCCUGACUGUGGGACAGAGAAUGGAGCCAUCCUUGCAUACCCUGAUUGUGGGCCAGAGAAUAGAGGCACAUUUGCUUACCCAGACUGUGGGACAGAGAAUGGAGCCAUCCUUGCUUACCCCGACUGUGGGACAGAGAAUGGAGCCAUCCUUGCUUACCCUGACUGUGGGACAGAGAAUGGAGCCAUCCUUGCUUACCCCGACUGUGGGACAGAGAAUGGAGCCAUCCUUGCUUACCCCGACUGUGGGACAGAGAAUGGAGCCAUCCUUGCUUACCCCGACUGUGGGACAGAGAAUGGAGCCAUCCUUGCUUACCCUGAUUGUGGGACAGAGAAUGGAGCCAUCCUUACUUACCCUGACUGUGGGACAGAGAAUGGAGGCAUCCUUGCAUACCCUGAUUGUGGGACAGAAAAUGGAGGCAUCCUUGCUUACCCUGACUGUGGGACAGAGAAUAGAGGCACAUUUGCUUACCCUGAUUGUGGGACAGAGAAUGGUGGCACCCUUGCUUACCCUGACUGUGGGACAGAGAAUAGAGGCACAUUUGCUUACCCUGACUGUGGGACAGAGAAUGGAGGCAUCCUUGCUCACCCUGACUGUGGGACAGAGAAUGGAGGCAUCCUUGCUUACCCUGAUUGUUGGACAGAGAAUGGAGGCAUCCUUGCUUACCCUGAUUGUGGGACAGAGAAUGGUGGCAUCCUUGCUUACCCUGACUGUUGGACAGAGAAUGGAGCCAUCCUUGCUUACCCUGAUUGUUGGACAGAGAAUGGAGGCAUCCUUGCUUACCCUGAUUGUGGGACAGAGAAUGGAGGCAUCCUUGCUUACCCUGACUGUUGGACAGAGAAUGGAGCCAUCCUUGCUUACCCUGAUUGUUGGACAGAGAAUGGAGGCAUCCUUGCUUACCCUGACUGUGGGACAGAGAAUGGUGGCAUCCUUGCUUACCCUGACUGUGGGACAGAGAAUGGAGGCAUCCUUGCUUACCCUGAUUGUGGGACAGAGAAUGGAGCCAUCCUUGCUUACCCUGACCGUGGGACAGAGAAUGGGGCCAUCCUUGCUUACCCUGACCGUGGGACAGAGAAUGGAGCCAUCCUUGCUUAUCCUGAUUGUGGUCAAGACAAUAGAGGCUCUCUUGCUUACCCUGAUUGUGGGACAGAGAAUAGAGUUAAUAAAAUAUAA